CAGAGGAUAAUGCGUGAAUUCAGGAUAUGCGCCAACCUCAAGCACCAAAAUAUUCUCCCCGUUUAUGGUUAUACUAAUGGCUUCGGCCCAUAUAUAGCGCUGGUCAGUCCUUGGGCGGAGAAUGGAAACUUGACUGCCUAUUUGGAGCGCAUGGGUGCGGAUCUUACUGUCCUUAGACGAUUCGAGAUCCUCAGGGAUAUCAUAGCUGGUCUCCAAUAUCUUCACGCCAACGGUGUGAUCCACGGCGACUUCAAUGGUCCUAAUGUGCUCAUCCAUGGUGAUGGUACUGCGUGUGUUGCCGACUUCGGUCUUUCCUUGAUGUAUUCGGAGGUUAUAAGCGCCUCUCAGGCUUCCUGGACAUCCACGCUCAAGGGAAACAUGCGAUGGAUGGCUCCUGAGCUGCUUGAAGAUCGGGAGGAUGGAUCGCAAGUGCGGCCUAGCGAGCAGAGCGACAUGUAUUCAUUCGGCGGUAUCAUGUUGCAGGUCCUCACUAACAAGGUUCCCUAUUAUCACCUCUCGAAUGAUGCGGCCAUCGUCUUAUGCAUAGCCAAGUCGCAAACACCUUCCCGAUCUCGUUAUCCUCCGCUCCCUGACAAAUACUGGGAGUUAAUCGAGCAAUGUUGGUCUACUGAUCCCCGGGACCGUCCAUCGACGGAGGGUGCCGACGGAGUGAUCAGGAAUGAAUUUUAUACACUAUCGACUCUCGAACUGUUUCGCACACAACCACCUGUUUACGGUACGACUGAAUAGACAGCAUGGUGCUUGGUAUGCUCCUGUAUAGUAAACGUAGGUUCUCACCCCGUACUUCUCUUGUACCGUAAUAGUACUGCAGUUGAACAAGAAUCAUGGUACGCACGUACUACACCGCGAUGCAUAACCAUUCACUAGUACUAAUCAACUAGCUGUUCAAAUUCUAAUACUACUGCAAAUGUGCCUAAUCUUGGCUUCACUAUCACAACAGUGUCGACGGACAGCAAAAAUGCGUGAACAUUUAUGAUAUCCGGUUGGAAGAUGAUGCGCCUUUCUGCGGCAUGCAGUGGCCUCCAGACUUGAAGAACAUCAGUUCCUACCUUGCU